GCGUGUAGGCUCUGCGCACGCGCACUGGCGUCCACAACUCUUCAGUCCGGCAGACAUCAACAAGAGAGCGGGAUCCAUGUUUGCCAUAUAGUCCCGUUUCAAGCACGGAAUUUUUUUUUGUUUGGGGACCAACUUUUACGCGAACUCGCAGCAAGAUGUUUGGCUUUCACAAGCCCAAAAUGUACCGGAGUCUGGACGGCUGCUGCAUCUGCCGCGCAAAGUCCUCCAGCUCUCGCUUCACCGACAGCAAGCGCUACGAGAAAGACUUCAGGAGCUGCUUCGGACUGAGUGAAACCCGGUCCGGGGAAAUCUGCAACGCCUGCGUGCUCCUGGUGAAGAGAUGGAAAAAGCUACCUGUGGGAACCAAAAAGAACUGGAACCACGUGGUGGACGCUCGAGGAGGUCCCAGUCUGAAGUUGACCUCCAGGCCCAAGAAGAUCAAGUCCAUCGCCAAGAAAGCACGCCCGAGUCAGAUCAGCAGGCUGCAGAAGGAGCUCAAAAGAAACAACUCAGACGCCCAGAGCACCACGUCCAGCACCUCCCCCGCCCAGUCCCCCAGCUACAGCAACCUGUCCGACGACGGCUCCGACACGGAGCUCAGUCGGGGCCCCGGACGCUCGCCCGUCUUCUCCUUCCUGGACCUCACCUACUGGAGAAGGCAGCGAGUGUGUUGUGGAAUCAUCUACAAGGGUCGCUUCGGGGAGGUGCUCAUCCACCCCCACCUCUUCAAGCCCUGCAAGAAGCAGGGCAGGACGACGGGGACGAGGACGAAGAAGAGGAGGAGGAUGAAGAGGCGGAGGCCGACCCCACCCAGGUGGCUGUCAGUCUGAUGUCGCCCCCGCCCGACCAGCAAGCCGAGGAGUCGGCCGCCUGCGGCCAGAGCGCUGCCGCGAUGUCCGAAGAAGUCUGGUAAUCAUCUCCGAAGAAGGAAAAAAAAAAAGUUUGUUCCUUUUUCAAGAAGCACUUACACGAAGGAGU